GGGGAGAGGGAGGCGAGCCCGCUCCGCGCUGUGGCGGGGCCCCGGCUCUGGGCCGUUCCCCGGGUGGGGACUCUGCCCCGGGGAGCUCUGUGCCGCGAGAAGGGAGCCGCCACUGCGCGGGCCCCGCCCUCGGCGAGCCCCGCUGGCUUCCCUGGCACAUGGGCCUCGCGGUGUGCGAGGGCCCGGGCCACCCGUCCUCCCCCUUCGCGGAGCGGAGAGCAGCGGCGUGUGCCCCCGCGGGGGAGAGCUACUGAGCAGGCUGCAGCCCGCGCCUGGGCGGGGGGAGCGGUCAGGGUCCACCCCCCGGGCAGCUGUGGCCAGUAUGAGGGGCACGACCCUGUGUGCAUCCCGCCUCCCCCAGGGAUUAGGAGCCUGUCUGCACCCCAUCCCCGACCCCUCAGAGCAGCCCGGCCCGCGUGCCCCUUCCCCGCGGAGAGCAGCCGUGCAGCUAAAAACGCUCUGACUGAGGUGCAUUGGGCACAAGAUUGGAACUGAGACACUAUGGAGCAGUACACAGCAAACAGCAACAGUUCCACAGAACAGAUCGUUGUGCAAGCUGGACAGAUUCAGCAGCAGCAGCAGGGUGGUGUCACUGCUGUCCAGUUGCAGACAGAGGCCCAGGUGGCAACCGCCUCAGGCCAGCAAGUCCAGACCCUCCAGGUAGUCCAGGGUCAGCCAUUAAUGGUACAAGUAAGCGGAGGUCAGCUGAUCACAUCAACUGGCCAGCCGAUCAUGGUGCAAGCUGUGCCUGGGGGUCAGGGUCAGACCAUCAUGCAAGUCCCAGUUUCUGGAUCGCAAGGAUUGCAGCAGAUUCAGUUGGUCCAGCCAGGCCAGAUUCAGAUUCAAGGAGGGCAGGCUGUGCAGGUACAGGGGCAACAGGGCCAGACCCAGCAGAUCAUUAUUCAGCAGCCACAGACUGCAGUUACCGCUGGCCAGACACAGACCCAGCAGCAGAUAGCAGUUCAAGGGCAGCAGGUGGCACAGACAGCAGAAGGCCAGACCAUUGUCUAUCAGCCUGUUAAUGCUGAUGGAACCAUUCUUCAACAAGUUACAGUCCCUGUUACAGGCAUGAUCACCAUCCCAGCAGCCAGUUUGGCAGGCGCACAAAUUGUCCAGGCAGGAGCCAACACCAAUACAACUAGCAGUGGGCAAGGGACUGUAACUGUGACGCUACCAGUUGCUGGAAAUGUGGUCAAUUCAGGUGGAAUGGUUAUGAUGGUACCAGGGGCUGGAUCAGUACCAGCUAUUCAGAGGAUUCCAUUGCCAGGGGCAGAGAUGCUUGAAGAGGAGCCCCUCUAUGUAAAUGCCAAGCAGUACCACCGAAUCCUGAAGAGGAGGCAGGCACGAGCCAAGCUGGAAGCUGAGGGGAAAAUCCCCAAAGAGAGGAGAAAAUACUUGCAUGAGUCUAGACAUCGUCAUGCCAUGGCUAGGAAGCGGGGAGAAGGUGGGCGUUUUUUCUCACCAAAGGAAAAGGAUAUGCAGGAUCCAGCUCAGGCAAAUGAAGAAGCAAUGACACAGAUGAUCAGAGUAUCCUAACCACUGUCUGAAGGAAAAAGUAACUGAACAAGUUUCCUGUCCCUCUGCAAGCGUGUCCUAUCUUAACACCAGUGUAUCAAGCAAACGUUCCAAUGGGACAAUGGACAAUCACCAUAUCUUAGCCUACCCUUUUCUAUACAACAAAAACCACCUUUCCAGUAAGUGGUUUGUUUGAGAUUUUAACUGCAGUGGACUCAGCAAAUAGAAAUUGUAGGGACCUUCAUGGUAUACCCGUGUAAUUCAGUGCAGGGGUUUGAAAGUCUGACAACUCAUGCCUUUUACAUUUCUUGAAUUAAGGUUGGCCAACUGACACAGUGAUUAGCAAUAACUCUGGCAUGCUGAAGCAGGGCUAACUGAGACCAUAGAGAGCCAUGGCCCUUCUGCAGAGGAGUAAUCCAGUUUGUAGCAACCAGAGCUAACAUGGCUACACCACAGUGCUUUGUUUUCCCAGUGGAGUUUUGUUGUUUAUAGCCACUCUUCACAGCUUUGGACUUCAUUUAUUGACAGCUGAACUGUUCUCUUGUAGUUGCAUUUGCCCUUCUGGAACUGUGUAACAGAACAGAAAGAGGUUCUCUAAGCUCCAUCCUUAAACAGCAAGCUCGUUCUGGGAAAAGUUCAACCAUCUUGUCAAGUUGUUGUGAAUAUUGCAAGACCUUUACAAGAAUUGAAAUAUUGUAUAUCUGUUCCAAGGAGUAAGAUGGGAGUGGCUCAUUGACACAGAGCUCAGAGUUAAGUAGGGAAAACAACCGUGGCGCUGGUGGCAUGUUGCUAGCAGUGGAUGCAUUGAAAGGAGAAAUCCAGCUGCUGGGAUAAAAAUGAUAAAAAGGUUUGAGAUUCUCUUCUAAAAGAAGUUCAGUGUCUGUUUUUACUCUGCCAGUGCAGAACUUGGUUGCUCCAAAAGAGAUGAAAUCUGGAACCUCAGAAUGGAGGGAUUGACUAUCUCCCAGUGUGGCUGUCUGAGUGUGUUUUAAAUUGCAGAUGGUUCUGUACAGAGCUUUGACCUUAUUCAGGGCGAAGGAUGGCUGCAUCACAACUGGAGCAGAGGCCAGCUCAAUUUGGUGCACCCUGGUCUAGCCCAAAGACUAUUUAUGUAGGGAGGGCAAACGUUGAUGAUCCUUUCACGCUUUUUAUGAAAUGUCCUCUUUUAUAAACAUAGCACUUAGAGAAUGAAGGAGGAAUGUUUGCCUUUUUUUUUUUUUUUUAAGUAGGAUCCUUUUUUUGUGACUUCUUUAUAUGGGCAUCUGUUGAAUACCUUGUGGUUAGCCACUAUUGGAUUCUGAACUUGGUCCAUCAUCCUGGCUUUGAAAUUUGGCAAUGGGAUCUGAGGUUUCUAUAGCCUUCUAGCAAGUCAUAUUUAGCUGCCUAUUUCCACCCUUACCUCAUCCGCACUUAAGCUGAUCCCCUUUGCACAUCUAAGGUGCUGCUGGUGUUUCCAAUUUUUGCGUGCUCUGUGUUUUAAUCUUAAGACUCUAUUGGGUCACCAGAAUUAAGUGUGAUGGGUGAGCCUGAAUGAUGAAAGCAGUGGAGAGGAGAAUCUUCAUGGAUGAAGUAGUGAAGAAGGUCAUUUGGAAAGGCUAGUUAAAUUUCAGGGGGGUCUGUCUUAAGGUAGCACAGCAAGCACAGUUUGGAGAAUAUGCCCUAUACCAUCUCUUCAAAUCAUGAACAGGAGGAACGCUCAAAGUAACAAUUUAGUUGUGUAAACUGGAGGAAGAAAAUUGGGUAGCAAACGAGGUGAGGGCGGGAUGAACAAUGCCACCAGAAGACCCCUUUCCUUUGGAUAAAAGGAUACUAAACCCAAAAUAGUAAAAACAGGUGAGAGAGGAUCAAAGAGAGAAACAGAAAAGGUGGAAAUGAUUUAUUUCAAUUUGACAGCAGUCAGCCUGGAGUGAGAGACUGCCUGACCAGAUGACAAGAGAACUGGGCUUCUUGGGCCAGCCACCUAGGAAGGUUCCCAAAUUUCAGCCAGUGAAAAUACAGGAAGGGAAUUGCUACGUUGGGAUUUGUCCUUUGGCAUGUAGACUAUAUUCUGUAAUUAAAGAUGAUCAUCCUUCCUGCCUAGUUCAAUGUCUCCCCCUCCCUACCACCCCCCAUGGUUGACAUGAACUAAAAUUUGCAAGGAGCUGUGUUUGUUGGUGACAUUCACAGUUAAGGGGUGACAUGGAACCCUAGUUUCAAUUCAUGACAUGCAAAUAAAGGAAUAAAUUAUUUUUGUAUUUUGUCUUAGGUUGUAUUUGUUACCUACAAUUUUGCAUUUUAAUUUUUUUUAUUAUUCAAAAAACAUUAGUUUGCCCCUUACAUCGUUGGCAUCUCUGGUUGGUUGUUCCGUCUUAAAAUAUUUUGGCCAAUUAGAGUAUGGCGCUUUUUUUCUUCACAUGAAACCCUUGCUUAACAUUUUUUGUCAUGUCCCCUAUUUCAGGAAAUAUCAGACUCUUUCCUAGUGAAGGAACAGUAAAUAUUUUGCUUUGUUUGAAUGAACACAUUGUAAAUACUUUUUAAGAGCAUUUGUACAUUUUGUCAGUCUGGGUUACCGAUGCACGCUGGGGGGUGGGAAGGGUAGUUCCAUUCUGGAUUAUGGGAGCCUCUCAGUCUUUCUACUUUCAUUUUACAACCAAUUUCUAUCCCAGAGAAUCUUCUCUGAAAGUUGGGAAGUUAGGGGAAUGGAGGUUAUUUGUCUGACAUCUUGUAUCUGAGUAAUUAGCCCCAGUGUGUGUUUUCUUUAAGAACUUAAACAGCUCUUCACAAAACAUCUAGAACUUCUUCCAGCUAGCCCCUCCCCCAAAUAAAUUCUCUGAGCCAUAGUUGUAGAAGGUGUAUAAAGACCUAUGCAUUUGUGCUACAUAGAGAGUUCUUGUAGGUAAGUUUUUAUACAGUGGUGUGAAAGCCUGGGUGUUAGUGUCAUACCCUUUCUUUGUUUUGGUUUUCCUGUAUUCAGUGACACACUUCUGAAGUGACACACUUCUGAAGGCCUUUGUUUGCUCAGUGAGAUUGAAGAUCUCAGCACCAUGUUACAAAAAGAUUCGAAGCUCUUUUUACAAAUAAAUUAUAAAACUGGAGAUGCUGUGAGAUAAAAGCCUGUAGUAAGUGGAUGUGAGAACUCUAGCUUGUGUAUUGGCUAGAUUUGGACAUAAAUUCCAGAUUGGGAGCACAGUACAGUAGGACAGAUCAAGAUAAAAGAAAUAAUGAUGGGUAUGAGGAGAACUUGAUGCUUGGUCAGUUGACCCCUAAAGCACUGGAGCAUUGAACCUAUCAAAACCAGUUUUAUACAAGUGUAGAAUGGGGUUGUGGGAAAUAUGAUCCCUAAGUGAUGCUAAAUAGUUUUUUCAAAGGCUUUUGCAUGUUAAAAAAGUCCAUUUCUUACUUUGUGAAUGGGUGUGGGGGGGUGGUAUUGAGAUUUGUGUAACGUAAGGCAACAUUUGUAAAUAGUUCAAAGUUUAUAAUUUUUUUUAUAUGAUGCAUUUUUUUCAAGUGUAUUUUGUCUUUAAUAGAUGCAAUUGUAAGUACUGUGUACACUAUCCAGCGAAUAAAAAAUUUAUAAACGCUGA